AUGUUGCUCCACCUAUUUUUGUUGUAUCUUGGGCUUCCUUUCAUUCGGACUAUACAAGCACGAGCUGAGGAACCAUCGAUUAGUGGCGUUUCAAAGAUCUCAGCAGCUAAAAGUAUAUGGCUUAAAAAUCCUCUACCAUUUUCCUCAGAUAUCAAAAAGAAACAUUUCCCCGAUAGAGGAUUCGAAUGUUUAGAAUGGCCCAUCACUAUGAAAGAUGCCGAAAGAUCCCUCUCUGCCGCUUAUAACGAAGUGAAAGCCAGCAAGUCGUGGUUCGGUGGAUCAAAAAAGGGGAAUUUUGUAAGCAUGCCGUUACUACAGCCUACACAACAACAAAAGUUUUACAUGUAUCCCAUGUUUGAACUCGAUAUUGAUUCCAAGGGCAAUAUUGGGCCCGCUCCGUACAUGAUAAUCUCUGAGAAUGGCAGAAAGUAUGCCAUCUACAUGGUCACGGGCGGGAAUAAAAGGAAAAUCCCUAAGAAUCCAAAUUUGAGGUAUCGCCUAUGUUUCAGCAGUAAUAAUUGA